AAACAAACAGAUGAAGACUCUGCACGUACCUUUCAUUCAACACUCACACUCCCCCUUCCACACACACCCACUCACCCUCUUUCUCCCCCUCCAACUCAUCGUUCCGGCGACUUCUCCGGUCACAUUCCGGCAACCGCUCACUUUUCCACACCAUGGCAAUAGAAUGACGAAAAACCGCCGAUCGCCAUGUCGAUCUCCUGCUCCGACUUCUUCUCUGACUCCGAUCUUUUCUGCGCUGAGGACACCUCCGGAAUCCUCUCCGAAGAGUCUCCGGAAUCCUCUUCCUCCUUCUCCGACUUCGACUCAUUAUCUCCGCCGCUGCCGCCGAUGGAGGAGGAGGAGUCCAUAGCCGGAUUCCUCGAAGACGAACAAAACUUCGUCCCUGGAUUCGAGUAUCUCACGAGGUUCCAAUCUCACUCGCUGGAUGCCUCCGCAAGAGAAGAAUCCGUUGCCUGGAUUCUCAAGGUGCAGGCUUACUACGGUUUUCAGCCGUUGACCGCGUAUCUUUCCGUCAACUACAUGGAUCGAUUCUUGAACUCUCGGCAGUUGCCGCAAACAAAUGGGUGGCCGCUGCAACUUCUAUCUAUUGCAUGCUUGUCUCUAGCGGCAAAGAUGGAAGAGCCUCUUGUCCCUUCUCUCUUGGACCUUCAGGUAGAAGGUGCCAAAUACAUUUUUGAGCCCAGAACAAUUCAAAGGAUGGAGCUGCUUGUUCUGGGUGUCCUGGAUUGGAGGCUAAGAUCAGUCACCCCAUUUAGCUUUCUCGGUUUCUUUGCUUGCAAGUUGGAUUCAACUGGAACUUUUACUAGAUUCCUCAUUUCACGGGCUACACAAAUCAUAUUAUCCAAUAUCCAAGAGGCUAGCUUUCUUGCAUACUGGCCAUCAUGCAUUGCUGCUACGGCCAUACUAUGUGCAGCUAACGAAAUUCCAAAUUGGUCCCUCGUCAAGCCUGAGCAUGCCGAAUCCUGGUGCCAGGGGCUUAGAAAAGAGAAAAUUAGAGGUUGCUACCAAUUAAUGCAAGAGCUACUUGUGAUUGAUAAUAAUCAGAGGAAGACUCCUAAGGUGUUACCACAGCUGCGAGUGAUGACGACUCGGCCCCUAACGAGGUCAAGUGUCUCCUCAUUCUUAUCAUCGUCGUCGUUGUCAUCGUCUACUUCAUCCUCUGCAUUCUCAUUGUCUUAUAAAAGGAGGAAAUUAAAUAACUGUUUCUGGGUAGAUGAUCACAAAGGAAACGCCCCUUGAAGAGGAGAAAAAAAAAACAGAAACACAAAAGAACAAAAAAAAAAACAAGAGUGUAAUAAAAAAGGAGAGAAGAAAAGGAAAGAAAUAAUUAAUAAGGUGGUGGUCCAAGUUGUGCAGAAAACUCAACUUUUUUGAGAGGGUUUUUUGAGUUAAGAAUUGACUUGAUGGGUGAGUGUACAUUAAGAAAUAAAAUAAAAAAAUGUCGUAUGAGAUGAUGAGAUGAGAGAGUCUUGAGGUUCUAUCAUCGUAAUUAUUGUUUUUGUUGGUGGGUAUUGCCAUUCAUCAAUGGCUUUAUUUGCAGAUUCCCAAGGGAAGGGGAUCAUGAUGUGGAAAACUAAGGAAGCUAGUGAGAAAAAGAAAGAGUGAAGGGGAAGAACCGAAGAACAGUAGCAUUUAAUAAUAUAGUUUGGACGUAUAAGUGUGUAAGUGUGGAAAGAAAGAAGUGGUGAGUGUUGAAUUAUUCAUCGUCAAAGAAGUUGCGUUUUGGUAAACUAUUGGUGUAGUAGGACACUGUUUAUGGAAGGAAAAAAUAAAGAAAACAGUCAUCAAUGUAUGGUUUGGCAAAACCUUAUGAGGGGGUUUGAAACUCUUGAAAUCUUGUGAGCUCUUUCCCAUCAUUGGAAUUCACAAGUCAAGGUUAUCAUCCUGGCCAGCAAGAUCUUUGCUUCUUCAACAACACGUUUCUUAAAUGAUGGGAUUAUUUAUUUAAUUUCCACAACAGUAAAAACAGAAAAAAAGAGGGUAAUAAAUUGAAGCAGCUACAUUUUCUGGACUUUUCUUAAUACUGCGCGUGAAGACGCUUCUGGUGCGCGCCACGUACGCGUGUGUGUUUGUUUUUUUUUUUUUCAUUUCUUUUUCUUCUGUUUUAUUUUUGGCGGGAAUUGCUUUAAUUUUUAUUUUUCUUUUUUGGCCUCGAGCUUUGGCCAAAAUUAUAUAUAUACACAGGACCCCAUUUGCCCCUGGUGUCCACGCGUGUGUGAUGGAAGCAUGCGCCUCUAUAGUUUACAUUUUUGUAAUUUUUUUAUUUGUUUUCAAGGGAGAACGAACCUCCCUCUCUACAGUGGCCUCAUUGGCUAAAGAAAUAUAAAAAGGUCUUUGGGGCCUUUUAAUUUCUUGCGUGCUGUGUAUUGAUAAAUUUAUAUAAUUGAAAUUACACUAUUAAUCUA